GCACGCAGCAGUCAAAACACGAUGAACCCUGAGGAGGUUCCCAUACAGCUCUCUGCAAGCACACGCCUGCUGUUCAGAUUCCAAUCUGUGCAGAGAUCCAACAUGAUGAUGAUGAAGAAGAAGAGUUUCUGUGCUCUGAUCUGCAGCCUGGCAGCUCUGUUGACUGCUGAAGCAGGCUCAUUGAGGGACAGAGGACGGGACAGAUCAUCUGUUUUUUCUUCCUCCUUUCCUUCCUCCUUCUCCUCCUCCUCCUCCUCCUAUUCUUCAUCCUCUUUGUCCUCUUCAUCCUCUUCAUCCUCUUCGUAUUCGUUCUCCUCCUCCUUCGAAAGCUCAGGUGGGGUUUGUCUGAAUGGGGGCACCUCUGUCCCAGCCUUGACUUCUGGGGAACACAUGUUCUGUUUGUGUCCUGACGGCUUCACAGGGGAAAAAUGUGAAACGGUGAAGAGUGGCGACUGCUACGAGGGGCUGGGACUUUACUACAAGGGCACGGUGUCGACAUCGGCGAGUGGACGGACGUGUGAGGAGUGGGACUCAGACACCAGGCAGCUGUACCUGUCUGCAGAUGUGAAUUCAGGGAGGCACAACUACUGCAGAAAUCUGUUCUACAGACGGCGUCCGUGGUGUUACGUGCGGAGGAACCUGCGGCUGGUGUGGGAGUACUGUGGCGUCCCACGUUGCACCUCUGAGUCGAUUCCAGCUCCUCCUUCACCUGCACCUGCACCAACUGAUCCAGAACCAGCUGCAGACACAUGUGGCCGACGCAACAGGAGAAAGCUCAUGAAGAUCGUGGGUGGAUCAGUUGCCACUGUGGAAUCCCACCCGUGGGUCGCUGCCAUAUUUUGGCGCAGCGCGACCAAGGAGAAGGUUUUCCGCUGCGGGGGCAGUCUGAUCUCAUCCUGCUGGGUCCUCACAGCUGCCCACUGCUUCCCUGACGGUUCUCACACCAAGAACCGCCGCUUCUCUGUCGUCCUGGGGAAAAAUGCUCUGAAUGAAAGCGACCCGACUGUGGAGCAGGCGUUCAGGGUGGAGGACAUCAUCGUCCACGAAGGGUUCGACAACAGUGAGGGGAACUUCAACAACGACAUCGCCCUGCUGAAGCUGAGGGCCAGAAACGGGAAGUGUGCAGAGGUGAGUAGCUCAGUGAAGACCGUCUGCCUGCCGCCGCCUCAGCAGAGCCUCCAUUCUGGUAUGACCUGUGAGAUCGCUGGAUACGGGAAAGAGAAAUACGGUCUGUGGUAUAAGUCUCAGUACCUCCGGGAAGCUCAGGUGAAUCUCCUCGCUGACGAUAUGUGUCGACACGAGGACUAUUAUGGAAACAUGAUCACUGAAAACAUGUUUUGUGCCGGGCGUCCCGACUGGAGCCAAGAUGCCUGCGAGGGAGACUCGGGGGGCCCGCUGGCGUGCGAGGUCGGUGACAGGCUCUUCCUGUUUGGAGUGAUCAGCUGGGGCGACGGCUGCUCGAAGGCGUUCCGACCUGGGGUUUACACCAAAGUGACCAACUACAACCAAUGGAUCGAAGGGAAGACGGGGCUGUCGUCCAUCACUGCUGGGUCCAUGUUCCCUCAGAAGUGACUGUCAGGCUGAGGACGUGAUGUGAACCGCUGUCCUGCUCCCCGUAUUGGUUCUAAAGGAUACAGCUGAGAAUAUUUUAUAUUUUCCUUGACAAAUCCCAAGAAAUUAUCAAACAAAGAAUUCAUCCAGUGGCAAGCCUUAUCUGUGCAUCCAAGGCGUGAUGACCAGCAGACUAGUCUGGUUCCAAAAAUAAGUCAGGUUGUAUGUAAGCUUAUGAGAAAAUGACCCUACUUCUCCCUUGAUUUAUUAUCUCUGUAAACAGUUUCCUGAUGAGUUCAUGGUCUAAAUCACUGGUUUAAAGUCUCAGUCAUUUACAACAUUUUGUAAAUCAGGGUGCAGCUGACCGGUCUGCGAGGCCUAGGGUCACGAUUCCCAGGUCCCAGUCCUGCUGUAUAAGGCCCGGUCACCAGUGGCUCCCUGGCGAGCUGCCCUCCCAGGUCUGGUUCUGGUCUGGGAGGGGCCACGGUGUUCCGAAUACUGGAGAGGAGACCCAUCCCUCCUGUGGCCGGUUUACAUGAUUCCUCCAGGUUGGGGUUGAGCUCCUGUCCCGAGCAAAGGAGAUUAAGUAUCUCAGGGUCUUGUUCAUGAGUGACAGGAAAAUGGAGAGUGAGGCAGACAGGCAGAUUUGUCCGGAGUCAACGGAAGGAAUUAGAUUGCGGAUACAAGCAGCCAAGUUUCUGUAGGUGGUUUUCUGGGCACGACGAACUGGAAGAAGACCUCAGGGCAGAUACACGACUCACUGGAGGGAUAAUAUAUCUCAUCUGGUCUGGGAUUUACUUGGUGAGGUAAAAUGAAAAACACUGCUCCCCGAUAAGUGGAAGAAAAUGAACAGUUUUUUUUUAGUUAUCUGUUCAUAAAGCAAAGUAAUGAACAAGCUGAGGUAUUUCACUUUAAAUCAAACAUAUGAAAAACAUCAACAUUUUGUUGGUCACCAAAGUCAUGGACAUAUGUUAUCUGGACAUUUCUUGGCAAUUCUUCACAUGGUUGUUUAGAUAUUUUAAUCUGGAUCAAAGUGGUGGACAGACAUUACCAUCUUUAGAGCCAUUUUUAUAAUUUAUACAUUUGAUAUGAUCUACAGCUGUUUCAGUAAAAAGUAUGUAUUUGUGAGCCGUUUUUAAGGAUCUUGAACAGGAACCAGUGACGGUUCAGAGCCAUCGACAGGGUAAAGACAAAUACCAGCCUUUAAAGUAUGUCUGCUAUUAAAUGUUUUGGCCUGUUUGUUAAUCAGGUAAUAUUGUAUUUUACCUCACAGUUAAUUGUUUUUAAACAUGCGUGUUGCUGUCUGUUCUCGAUCUUUGGAUGGACAGAUUCCUCUCAUACUUAACAGAAGCCACUGGUUUUCAUUCACUCCGUGUCAAACGAAAAUUGACCUGUGUACUUUUCUUAUUUUUUGUGUUGUGCAAUCCUUCACAUCAAGCCAAGAAAUACAUUAUCAUUGCAUUAUUUUCAUACUGAACAGUAUUAUAUAGAAAACCAAUGGCUGCUGCGAUGUUGUGGGACAAAUACAUCCAAACAGGGUUCGUAGACAAACAGCUAAAACUUGAACAAAAACCAUUUCAAUACAUUUAAUUUCAAUACAUUAACUGUAUCUUUGUGUCUGGUGUGUCAGGGUAUUUCAUACUGAUCUGUUGCAUAUGGUUCUUAUUGCACUUAAUAGUUUGCUGCUUGCUUCUAUCUUUUAUAAAAGAGUAAGCAUGUAUUCUGUUCAAAUAUAUGAUUUAUUUUUAUAUUUGUUAGAUUAUUUUUGUAGAUCUUCUGCUCAAAGCUUUUUUGUAAACAUGUUGUUUUUUCAUAUUGUUCAUAAUACAUUGAUUGCAUUUUAUAAAGAUGUAAUGAUGUUCACCUGUAUCCUCCUUGUCAAAUAAACUGUUGAAUAAUUCAUAAAAACACAGUGUCACUCUUUGAGUGCGGAUGAAAAGUUGGCCAGCCACAUUUUUUAAUAGCCUUCAAAAUAAAUAGUCUAUCUGGUGGUGGAAUCUUUUCAUGCAGAAGGCUCAACUUUAA